UUCAACUGAUAAUCUCGUGAUGCCCAUCAAGUAUGAUAAAAUGUCGAAUUCGUGACUUGCCGCUCGCGAGAAUGACUUCUGCAAUGAUGAUAAUGCAGCACGCAUGGCUAAAUCGACACGCGCCGAAUUGUAGAUUUGCGCUCCGAAAAUAUACAUAGCCUGUAGCCAAGCAUCGUAUCGUGCGUGAUAUUACAGCGAACCGGCGGCGGCUGUGGCCCGUGGCGCGCGCGCACAAUUGCAAAAACCCGCACAUGACUACAAAGUCCCAUACAGGGGGAAACCUAUACUAAACACCGACACGUUACGAUACGAGUCGCUACCUCGGCAGAUACGGCUUGCUUGCCAACUCGAGAGUAAUACGCCGAGAGACCGGCAUAUAUAUCACAUACUUUAGCCGCUGCCGCUGUUGCUUGCACCAUCGCACUCGAUUACAGUGGUGUAUGGCUGCUGUUGAUGAAAUAAACAGAGCCUAGUUCACAGAUCUGCCCUGCAAAAUGGCAUGCCACCAUGGAAUGGUAGAGGAAGAUAAACUGACAAAGGCCCUGAAAGAUUUGCCAAGUCGUAUUCAGGUGUCCAGCAAAUCUGAACGCAAACAGGUCAUUGAACAAGUUAUGAAGAUUUUAAUAUGUCCUGAGAUCAAUGAAAAAAUCAUCAGUUGGAUUUGCAGAAGUUUAUCCCUUACGAUACACAGAUAUACUGAUAAUUCAUCUCAGUUUUAUGUGCAAAAAUUGAUCAAAUGUAUAUUGGUAACUCGUCCACAAGAGGGUUUCAGGCAAAUGAUCAAUGUCAUCUGCGAGCAAGCUGAAUGGCAUAAAAAUGUGAUGCCUACGCGUAGCACAGGAGCGUCAGCCUACCUAGUAUUAAAAUGGAGUUUUCUGAUUUAUCGUUAUGGAUCUAACGAUAUGAUCUGUUCAAAAGAUGACUCAGAAAUAGCAAGAUUAAUUCUAGCUCAAGCUAUAUUAUGUGCAUCGGCCUUAGCAGUUGAAGAUAAAAAACUUACCAGAAAUGUGACGGGUCAGUUUUUUUGUUUAUGGAAGGAUGUUGAUUAUGACUUAGAUGAAAAAUUUGUAAGUGUAAUAGAGGAUGCUGAAGCUAGUGAAGGUUUAAUAGUUAUCUCUGGAAUUCUGACAUCAUUUCUUGAAGCAAACCAAAGUAAACUCUGUGAAAGAUUGAAAGUAGCUUGUCUGCCAGCAUUUAUCAAAGUGUGCGUUAGUUGCAAAAAAAAACCAAAACUUUAUCUCAUUGAUGCAGCGGAACCAUUUUUGAAAGUAAUUAAAGAUGAUGACUUCAAGACUCAAUUGUUGCCAGCAUUACAAAAAGCAAUGCUGCGCAGUCCAGAAAUCAUUAUUGAAACUGUGGGUCAUAUUUUACUCUUACUUAAUUUAAAUUUGGAUCCCUAUGUUCCAGAUAUAAGUAAAGGAAUAUUAGCUAAUUUAAUUUCAAAGGAUGAUCUAGUAAGAGAGGAGUCUGCCAUUGCUUGCCAAAAAUUAAUACGUAAUUGUAGCAAUAGUGCUGUAGUUGAAGAACUCUUAAAAAAUGUGUUUGCUGUAUUCAAUGGUUCGCAAGGUAAACUGACUGUUCUUACGCACAAAAUAUCAGUUUUGGAGUGUGCUGGAAAACUUAACGAAAAUGCUGUCAGCGAAAGCAAUCGUCCAAAAUUAGCUGAAGCAGCAUGCAAUCAUUUUAUUAAUGUUCUAAAAACUGAAGUGCACGAAAAAACAUUAUGCCAUGCAUUAGAAAUGAUGGCUAUAUGGAGUGCUAACUUUGAUAAUGAAGUACCAAAAAAUGUUAUUGAAGCAUUUAAACAAGGUAUGAACUCGAAGAAUGCUACUCCAGCAGUUCAAACUGCAUACAUCAAAAUGUGUUUCUCGAUCCCAGAUAAAGCUAUAAGUAACUGCGCCGAUAACAUUGUUCAACUACUAAUUCAAACAAUAACUAAAGCUGCUCAACAAAGUGCUCAACCUCCUGUUGUUAAUACAGGCUUAUAUGCAGCAUGUUUAUUGUUAACACUUAUGAGUUACAAUAAGGUAGAAAAUCAAAAACAAAGUGUAUUGUGGUCAGCUAUAGACGAUCAGAUUUUUUCAUCUGAAAAGUUUUUAUCAACUUGCAGUGAUGAUACAGUUUACUUUCUCAUGAAAUUUUGUCACAAACUCAUACGUGAAUUUUCUAAUAAAAUUAAUGCAAAAGCUUUAGCUGGUUUGCACAAAGCUAUUGUUGUUUGCAUUACAACUCCAAAAUAUGAGACAAGAAAACAAUGCUCAAAUUUGUUGCAACAAUUGUUAACUGACAUUGCUACUUAUGAACCUGUGCAAUCUUUAUUAUUAGAAUUCAACAAAGUCCUGGAGUCUGGUAAAUUCAAAUCAGAGAGUGAAAAUAAAGAAAAUAUUAAAGAAGAGGCAAAUAAUGAGAAACUUGUAAACAGCAUUUCUCUUGCAAGUGGUUUGUCUGCUAUUUGUUCUGGCACUUUUGUGCAUGAGCAGCACGCAAUAAACUUCAUACGAGAUGUUUUAGUACCUGCACAUCAUCCAAUGAUAUUGAAAGCUCAAAGAGUUCUUUGGCAAAAAGUUGUAAAGCACUUUUUUGGUACCCCUGUGAAUUACCUGCGUAAAAACAGUGUUGAGAUUAAAAAGCUCUUUGUCCAAAAUUAUAAACCUACUCUUUCUUAUGAAAAUGCAUUGAAAACAGUUGUUGCCAUUGCUCCUGAGGUGCUACUGGGCAGUUUAACCACCUACAUAACUAGUAAACUGGAUGACCCAGAAAUAAUAAAAGUAACAAAAGAUGAGUAUUUCAUAUAUUUGACUCCUGAAGGUGAAUUGUAUGAUAAGAGUGUUCUGCCAGGAAACAAUGAAAAUGACAUUUUGAAUGCUAUGAAUAUGAAACGCGAGAGCAAAGUAUAUUCAUUUAAAGAGCAGCAAGAAGAACUGCAAUUAAGAAGAGAGCUGUAUGAAAAACGCAAAAAAGAAGGCAAGAUUAAAGAGCCUAAACUGACGCCAAAACAAGAAGAAGCAUUGAAAGCCCAAGUCAACAAAGAAAAUGCAAUCAGGCGCAAACUGACGGAAAUGAAUACUGUCAUCACCAAUGUUGUGUCAAUGAUCAGAGCAGCAAAGCAAGGAAACGGUUAUCAUUUGUCGUUCUACUUUAAAGAUCUGCUUCCUUCGAUUUUGAGAAAUUUGGCGUCACCUCUGGCUGCGCCAGUUAUGGCUGAGCUUUUUGUCGAGUUACGCGAUGCCAUCAUGAUUUCUCACGAUUCAACCUUGAACGAAAUGAUCGCGAGGGUGACACUGAGACAGCACGAGCCACAAUGCGAUUUGGAUCCAGAAUGGGAGGCGGAGUCACUGCCGAAAUCCAUCGAAAGAACCUUAAAUAUGAUACAUUCGAUCACGAUUAAAAGGAAACUAUUGUUCUGCGCUUCGGCGUUCUGUUACGUUUUUCCAUUCAUAAAGAAAACUCUCCUGACCUGUAAGGACGACUCUAUGAUCGCCCAAGGACUGCAAAUCAUUCAAGAGCACUCCAAGCAGCGGGGAAGUUCGACCGAUCCCGAGGAUCCUUGUCAUCCUCGCUUGUUGCCGCGUAAGCAGAUGUUUGAUCUGUUGAUCGAGCUGAUGAGCGAGACGACUGGACGCACACUGACCGCCGCGGUAAUGACGUUCCUGGACGUCGCUCAUUCCGGCAGCGGUGUCGAGGGGGCUGCACUGGCCACUUCCGAGGAAAUAGAUUCGCUGCUCAGCGCGUUACAAAAUCCCUCGCUCGUCGUAAGAGACGCAGCUUUAAGAAGCUUGCUGAUCAUGAAGGAUGCUUUCCCCAACAACAAAGUAAAUCCUGAACAACUCCUGAAUUUAACGAAGAGGAUAUGGAUUGCCAAGUUCGACGUUUGCGACGAGAAUAAAGAAUUAGCCGAGAAAUUGUGGAAUGAAGCCGAAUUGAAAGCCGAUCCAGCGGUUCUAUGCGACCAGGUUAUAGAAGAUAUCCCGCAUCCCGUCGAAGCGAUUCAACAAGCUACCGCCAGUGCCUUGGCGAGCCUGAUUUCUCAAGAGCCACGGCUCAUGCCCGACAUCUUGGACCGACUGCUCGCCCUUUACAACAGCAAAUUGGCCAUGAUUCCGCCCAAAUUAAAUGAGUUCGGACGAGUCGUGGAACAACCGAUCGACACUUGGGGUCCGCGUCGCGGUGUCGCGCUAGCUUUCGCGCAGUUUGCUCCGCUUCUGCAGGCCGACACGGUACAGACGCUCAUUCAGUUUUUCGUGUCGACCGGCUUGGGCGACCGCAACACGACCGUCAGAACGGAUAUGUUCACGGCCGCGAUGGCUGCCGUCGAUCUUCAUGGUCGGGAAAACAUCGCGACUCUAUUGCCCGUUUUCGAGGACUUCAUGGACAAAGCGCCGAAAACCGGCAAAUUCGAUUGCAUCAAGCAGAGCGUCGUCAUUCUUAUGGGAUCGCUAGCUCGGCAUUUGGACAAAGACGAUCCAAGAAUCAAACCCAUCGUCACGAGACUGAUCGCGGCAUUGUCGACGCCGUCGCAGCAGGUGCAAGAAGCCGUGGGAAAUUGCUUGCCGUAUCUGGUACCGUCCAUAAAGGACGAUACUCCAAAAAUGAUCGAGAAACUCAUGCAUCAACUUCUUAACGCCGACAAGUACGGCGACCGCAGAGGAGCAUCCUACGGUCUGGCAGGUCUAGUCAAGGGGCUGGGAAUAUUGGCGCUGAAACAGCACGAAAUCAUGUCGACUCUCACCAACGCCAUUCAAGACAAGAAGAAUUACAAGCAUCGCGAGGGUGCGCUGUUCGCCUUUGAAAUGCUGUGCACGAUGCUCGGAAGAUUGUUCGAGCCGUAUAUCGUGCACGCCAUACCCCAUUUGUUGAGUUGUUUCGGCGACUCCAGUCAAUACGUCAGAGCGGCCACGGACGAAACCGCGCGCGUCGUCAUGAGCAGACUCUCGGCUCACGGCGUCAAACUCGUGCUGCCGAGUCUGCUGGACGGCCUCGAAAAGGACUCGUGGAGAACCAAGACCGGUUCGGUCGAGCUCCUCGGCGCUAUGGCUUAUUGCGCCCCCAAACAACUGUCCAGUUGCUUGCCGAGCAUCGUGCCCAAACUCAUCGAAGUGCUCAGCGAUUCGCACACCAAGGUCCAAGAGGCUGGCGCCGAGGCUCUCAAAGUCAUCGGCAGCGUCAUCCGUAAUCCCGAGAUCCAAGCGAUCGUACCGGUGCUCCUGAAGGCUUUGCAAGAUCCAUCGAGAAAGACCGCGAUGUGCUUGCAGACGUUGCUGGACACGCAAUUCGUGCAUUUCAUCGAUGCGCCGUCGCUCGCGUUGAUCAUGCCCGUGGUGCAGCGAGCUUUCAUGGACAGAUCGACGGAGACGAGAAAAAUGGCCGCUCAGAUCAUUGGCAACAUGUACUCGUUGACCGAUCAGAAGGAUCUGACACCCUACCUGCCUACGAUCAUUCCUGGCUUGAAAACGAGCCUGCUCGAUCCCGUCCCGGAGGUGCGUAGCGUAUCGGCGCGUGCCCUCGGCGCUAUGGUUAGGGGCAUGGGCGAGUCGAGCUUCGAAGAUCUUUUGCCUUGGCUCAUGAUGACACUGACCUCCGAGGCCAGUAGCGUCGAUCGUUCCGGCGCGGCUCAGGGUCUCUCCGAGGUCGUUCGCGGCCUCGGCGUCGAGAAGCUGCACAAGCUCAUGCCAGAGAUCAUCAGCACUGCUGAACGCACGGAUAUUGCACCGCACGUCAAGGACGGCUACAUCAUGAUGUUCAUUUACAUGCCGAGCGCCUUCACCACCGAAUUCACGCCCUACAUCGGCCAGAUCAUCAAUCCCAUUUUGAAGGCGCUCGCCGACGAGAACGAGUACGUCAGAGAGACGGCUUUGAGGGCUGGGCAGAGAAUCGUUAACUUGUACGCCGACUCGGCGAUCAUGCUGUUGCUCCCGGAGCUCGAGAGAGGACUGUUCGAUGACAAUUGGAGAAUUCGCUACUCGUCGGUGCAACUCUUGGGCGAUUUGCUCUACAGAAUUUCCGGCGUGUCCGGCAAAAUGUCGACGGAAACGGCGAGCGAGGACGACAACUUCGGCACGGAGCAGUCCCACCACGCCAUCAUCAAGGCACUGGGCGCCGAGCGGCGCAAUCGCGUCUUGGCCGGCUUGUACAUGGGACGCUCCGACGUCGCUCUCAUGGUGCGCCAGGCCGCGCUUCACGUCUGGAAGGUCGUCGUGACCAACACGCCGCGCACGCUUCGCGAAAUUCUGCCGACUCUGUUCAGCUUGCUGCUCGGCUGCUUGGCCAGCACGAGCUACGACAAGAGGCAGGUCGCCGCUCGCACCCUCGGCGACUUGGUGAGGAAGCUGGGCGAGAGAGUGCUGCCGGAGAUUAUACCCAUAUUGGAGAGAGGUCUGCAGAGCGAGCACGCCGAUCAGCGCCAAGGCGUCUGCAUCGGAUUGUCCGAGAUCAUGGCCAGCACCAGCAAAGACAUGGUACUGUCGUUCACCAAUAGUUUGGUACCAACUGUCAGAAAAGCACUCAGUGACCCACUGCCGGAAGUACGUCAAGCUGCUGCUAAAACGUUUGACAGUCUGCACUCUACCGUAGGUGUUCGUGCCCUUGAAGAUAUUCUACCAGCUAUGCUGGUUCAGCUAAACUCGUCAGAUCCCGAGGAGGCUGAAAACACCCUCGACGGCUUGAGACAGGUGAUGGCCGUGAAAUCUCGAGUUGUACUUCCGUACUUGGUGCCUCAGCUCACGAGCUCGCCGGUCAACACGAAAGCCCUGUCGAUUCUCGCCAGCGUCGCCGGCGAUUCUCUGACAAAGUACUUGCACAAAAUUCUGCCGGCUCUGCUGACGGCACUGUCGAGCGCACAAGGUACGCCGGACGAGAUGCAGGAACUCGAGUAUUGUCAAGCCGUUAUUCUCUCUAUAACGGACGACUCGGGCGUGCGCACCGUCAUGGAUCAGCUCAUGGAAGCUACGAGAUCGGAAGAAUUGGCCAGGCGCAAGAGUGCUGCUACUCUGCUGUGUGCAUUUUGCCGGGAGACCAGAGCGGAUUACAAUCAUUACGUACCACAACUUUUGCGCGGUCUCAUCCACUUGUUUACUGAUCAAGACAAGGAUGUACUGCAGAUGAGUUGGGAGGCUUUGACUGCUGUUACCAAGACCCUCAAUUCAGAUCAGCAAAUUUAUCAUGUCGGCGACAUUCGUCAAGCUGUACGUUUUGCUGUAUCGGAUCUGAAAGGUCAAGAACUGUUGCCAGGUUUCUGUUUACCAAAGGGUAUAACGCCUAUUCUACCCAUCUUCCGAGAAGCUAUCCUUAACGGCAUGCCGGAGGCGAAAGAAGCAGCAUCGCAAGGUUUAGGGGAAGUAAUCAAACUAGCCAACGCUGAAGCUCUUCAACCAAGCGUUGUUCAAAUUACUGGUCCACUAAUUCGUAUUCUUGGCGAUCGAUUCCCUCACAGCGUCAAAGCUGCUGUACUAGAAACUUUAGCUAUUUUACUUGGCAAAGUUGGAGUUAUGUUGAAGCAAUUCUUACCGCAGUUGCAAACUUCAUUUUUAAAAUCGUUGAAUGAUGGUAACAGACAAGUUCGAAUAAAAGCUGCUUUUGCAUUGAGCAAUCUCGUUGUCGUUCUUGCUCGAGCUGAUCCUCUAUUCGUUGAGUUACACACAGCUUUGAAAGGUGCAGAUGAUCCAGCGAUUAGAGAAACAAUGUUACACGCUUUGCGUGGAGUUAUAACACCAGCUGCUGAUCGGACGUCGGACUCCUUGAGAAAACAAUUAUUCAACACAUUAAGUGGAAUGUUGGGACACCAAGAAGAUACGACAAGAAAUGCAGUUGCUGGUUGUUAUGGUGCCCUUGUGAAGUGUUUAAAUGCCGAUCAACUUGACACUGCAUUGAACGACCACCUCCUAUGCACCAGUGCAAAUGACGAUUGGACAUUGAAGCAUGGCCGCUCGGCAGCAUUAUUCGUAGCUCUGAAAGAAGCUCCAGAAGUUAUUUACACCGAAAAGUACAAGGACCGCGUUUGCAAAGUUAUACUGACUCAUUUGGCUGCGGAAAAAAUACAAAUAGCCAUGAACGGCAUACGAGCUUGUGGAUAUCUUUUCCAGCAUCUUAUGAACACGAAUCAACCGAUACCUCAAGUCAUCCUCACUCCCUUCGUCAGAUCCAUGAACAACAAUAGUAACGAAGUAAAACAGUUGCUUGCAAGGGUAUGUAUGCACCUUGCGAGAAGUAUAAAACCAGAAAAUAUGUCACCUGAAUUAUUGAAAUCGCUUCUGCCAAUGCUGGUCAAUGGAACUAAAGAAAAGAACGGUUACGUUAAAGCGAAUAGCGAAUUAGCGUUGAUUGCUGUUUUACGUUUGAGAUCAGGCGACGAAGAGCAACAGCGAUGCAUGGCCCUUCUUGAUCCUGGUGCGAGAGAAUCCUUAUCCGAUGUAGUUAGUAAAGUUUUGCGCAAGGCCAUAUCUCAACCCGAGGGUAAGGUUGAAGAGUUAGAUGACACGUUGCUCACGUGAGAGACACUGUUAAACCCAGACAUUAUUGUUCGCAAAUGUUGUCCUUAUGAUUUUGUUCGUAAUGUGAUUUUGAGCAUUUACCACCGUUGGAAAAACCGCUCAGUUUUUAUUAAGAUAAUAUGUUCAAUAAGAACAUUAUCAGCGUGAAAAAACUAUUGAAAAUAGUUUGAUAUAAUUAUUUACUGUUUGUCAAGAUGAAUGCAUUUUUACCGCAAUAGAAUAAGGGUGUUUAUUGGAGAAGCUAUGGCGCACACGAGUAUGUUGAAAAAUAUUAUGGAUUAUUAUUUGAGUCGUUCGCGUGCGUUUCGAUCGCUGAAUAGAUAUACUUAUGAUAUAACUCAAGAUUUGAAAUUUACUUUUUUUAACGAACAUGAUCAUAAGGGUCAAGUGAUGUGAGGAGCGAUACUAUUAUCACAUUGUGUAGCAAUCUAGUCGGCGAAUUCAGGGUCUUUCACUACGAAGAACAACGUCUCAAAAAUUAACCGGAAAAGAACAUACUAAUUAUUUGUAAAAAUAGAUGUUUUUUCUGCGCAUUUUUUGUAUCUAUUAAGAUGAUUACAAUAGAAUAUAUUCUAUGAAAAUAAAUAAUAAUUAUGCUUAUUGAUGUCACCAAGUA